AUGACCAGAUCAUCUGUUGCUGUAUAUGAAAUUGAGAAGGAGAAGCGUUUCAACAUUUUUAAAGAAAACGUUGAGCGUAUUGAGAGUUUUAAUGGAAACAAUUCUAACAAGUUGUUUAAGUUACGUGUUAAUGCUUUUGUCGAUUUAACUACCGAGGAGUUUGUAGCUACUCGUACCGGUUACAAGAGGGCAUUUCAUCCAUCCAGUAGCUCUAUGAAAUCCACGUUCCAGUUCAACAAUCUUACUGAUGUACAGCCUUCGGUAGAUUGGAGAUACGUAGGAGCUGUCACUAGUAUAAAGGACCAAGGGCAAUGUGGGUGCUGUUGGGCAUUCUCUGCAGUAGCGGCAGUAGAAAGGAUAUAUCAAAUCAAAACAGGGCAGUUAAUUUCGCUCUCAGAGCAGCAACUCGUAGACUGCGAUCAAUACAGCCAUGGAUGUAGUGGUGGAGACCCGGUAAGCGCCUUUGAGUUCAUAAAACAAAACCAAGGCAUAACCAUGGAGUCUCAAUACCCAUACCUGUCUACUCAAGGUCAAUGCGAGGCCAGUACUAGUGCAGUAACCAUCAAUGACUAUUCACUACUCACACAAGAUGAGAACGUCUUGAUGCAAGCUGUUUCGCGACAGCCUGUCUCGGUGGGAAUUGUUGCUGACUCGUUAGAGUUCAAGCAAUAUGGUGGUGGAGUCUUCCAAGGACCAUGUGGCACACAGCUGAAUCAUGCUGUUGCUGUCGUUGGGUACGGAACCGAUUCUGAUGGGACUGACUAUUGGUUGUUGAAGAAUUCCUGGGGAACAACCUGGGGAGAGAAUGGGUUUAUGAGGUUAAAGAGAGGAAACAAUUUAUGUGGAAUUACUAUGCAUGCUUCGAUUCCAACAUAGGCAUGAUUAUUUAUCGUAUACACACGUUCGAGUAACGAACUAAGAGCACAGGCUCUCUCUACUUGAAUGAAAUUUAUGUUAUAAGUUAUAACUACCUUGUAUUUUAGUGCUUUGUUAGAUGGGUAAUUCAUACCUGUUACAAAGUUUUAGUCUACUAUAUGUACUUGUAAUUCUGCUGGCAUUGUACUUGCUCAGUUGCUCUAGUCAUGAAGUGA